CAUCACUUAUAUGUAUGUGGUUAUCUAUCUUUACAAUUAUUUGGUCUUAUCUUGUGCUAGCAAAGUAUAUCACAGAGCAGAGGAUUGUAGAAGAAGAAGAAAUGGCAUGCUUUAUACCAUUCAAUGACAGAAAUCUGGAUCUCAGCUUCUUCAUAUUCAGGCCAACUAUAGUCAUAGUUGAUCAGCUUGUCGACUACCUCAAACAUUUCUCCUCAACCACUCACACCCUCGGUUGUGUUCACAGUGCUAUUUUCAGAAGCAUCCAUGGCAGUCUAAUUAUAUGGUAUGGAUCAUGGAUUAAGAAAUCAAGCGACAAAGACAGAGACUCGCUAAACGCCUCUCUUCUUUCAAUGCUGAGCGGCGGCGUAUCAAGCAUGGCGAUAAUCCUAGAGCACGGGUUCUACGAGGCGUUCGCCGGAGAAGCGCGGGACGGGACGCCGGCGGCGAGGUUCUACACGGGGGACACGGUGUCGAUGAACGCGCUCUCCUUAUCGACGCGCGAGGUGGACUUGAACCGGUUCUCCUAUGCGUGCCUGGCGAUCUUCAAGGACCGGUUCCUGAGGAUGGACGGGGCGAAGGGGGGCGCGUGCCUGAAGUCGCGUGGGCUGAGCAGGGUGUGCGCGGUGUUCGUGUGGCGGUCGUUGCAGAGCUGUUACUCGUACAUCCUUAACGACGAUUACCGGAGCAGCGUGCUGGCUUACCUGGACGGGAUGUCGAUGGAUAUAAAGUAUGAUAUAUUUAGGGUUGUGUAUGUGAGCGGGGAGAACGCCAUGGAUUUCCAUUUCUUUCCGCCGCAUAGGUUGCUGGAGACCAAAGGAGUUCAUGAUUCCAACAAGGUUGCAGACUAGGCCGGGUAAUUAUGAUGGUUGUAUGUAUGGUGUAUUCAUUGAUCAUGUGCUAAUGCAUUGCCCAAUUUUGUUGUGUAAAUUAUGUUACUAUUAUAUGCAUCUAUAAACAAAUAUUACAUUUAUCCUCAAAA